UGGGCAGAGGGCAGAGGAAUUACCAGAGUGGAAAGCAGAGAAAUGGGCACAAGAGAGGGGCGUGGGGUCAGCGAAACGAGCGUGGCCCAGAGGAUAAGAGGAAUGUGAAAGGACUCGGAUCAGGGGCGUGGACGCCGAUGAAGAGGCGGGGCCACGGAGUAGCGUAUGGGACGGAAGUGACGUAACAGAAAGGAGGGCCCUGGUGUAGGCGCAGUGUAAGGACUUACCGUGAACGUGGGCGCGGCAUGUCCGUGGGGGAGCGGCUCUACAGUUCUAAGGUUCCUGCAAGUUACUUGGGAGCUGAUCAAGACUUCAAGCUAAAGAUGGUGAUGAUGAGUCGCCUGAGGGUCAUUCUUCAAGCCUCUCCAUGCAAGGCGCUGUGGAGAAGGUUCCAGAUUCCGAGGUCCAUGCUAGCAAGGCCCUGCAGCCUCUACACCUGCACCUACAAAACCCGGAACGGAGCCUUGCAACCUCUCUGGGAGAGCGUGGACCUGGUCCCGGGGAGUGACCGCCAGUCGCCCAUCAACAUCCGGUGGAGGGACAGUGUCUACGAUCCUGGCUUAAAACCGCUCACCAUCUCUUACGACCCGACCACCUGCCUCCACGUCUGGAAUAAUGGGUACUCUUUCCUCGUGGAAUUUGAAGACUCUGCAGAUAAGUCAGUGAUCAAGGGAGGACCCCUGGAACACAACUACCGAUUAAAGCAGUUCCAUUUUCACUGGGGGGCCGUUGAUGCCUGGGGCUCCGAGCAUACUGUGGACAGCAAAUGUUACCCAGCAGAGCUGCACUUGGUGCAUUGGAAUGCAGUCAAAUUUGAAAACUUUGAGGAUGCAGCACUGGAAGAAAAUGGUUUGGCUGUGAUAGGAGUAUUUUUAAAGCUAGGCAAGUAUCAUAAAGAGCUACAGAAAUUGGUGGAUAUUUUGCCAUCAGUUAAGCACAAGGACAUGCUUGUGGAAUUUGGGUCAUUCGACCCUUCCUGUCUGAUGCCUACCUGCCCAGAUUACUGGACCUACUCAGGGUCCCUGACUACCCCGCCACUCUCUGAGUCUGUCACUUGGAUCAUUAAGAAGCAGCCCAUAGAGGUUGAUCAUGAUCAGCUUGAGCAAUUUCGGACCCUGCUCUUCACUUCUGAGGGGGAGAAAGAGAAAAGAAUGGUGGACAACUUCCGCCCCCUUCAGCCCCUAUUGAACCGCACUGUCCGCUCAUCCUUCCCUCACGACUAUGUGCUGAACAUACAAGCAAAACCCAAGUCGUCUACCAGCCAAGUACCCCCUUAGACGCCAUUAUCUAGGUGGUAUCUUGCUUAAAUAUGUACUAGUUCUUUAAAAGUUGCUAACUAGACUCUUAUAAAUGCCUGCAUUUAAUAAUUAUGGAUGUGCCUUUCUUGGUAUGGCAGCGCUCCUUAGUCUUUGAGGGAAGCUCUUUGGUAAACAAAUUCUUACUUUUAUUGAUAAUGAUGUUUAUCACUGAAGUACCAGCAAGAGACACAAAUUUCUCUUAUAGCAACCUGCUGGUAAUUGUAAUGUCUUUUUAUGUGUGACAUUUUUGAGCUGUCUUUUUAUUGAUAUGUUUAUCAAUUGGUGGUUCUACAGAGUUAUAAGUAGGGAUGAUAAUCAAAAUAUUUAACAACUGGUAAGGCACAGACACUGACCAUCCCGAAUGCAGGCUUUUCAGAAACAGCCACAGGACCCAGAUUGGUACUUCUUGGCUGAGCAUUGGCUAUGGUUUUAGGUAUAUUUUAUUUUAAAACAUGAAUGUGUAUUCUUUUAUAAGGCCUUCUCAAUGGGUAUAUUUGCCUCGAUUUUCACUUGUCAUUACUAGUACAGGAUAUGAUUACUUACUAUCAAUUUAAAAUACAGAAAAAAUAUUUUGUAAGCUUCCUUGGCGGCGCAGUGGUUAAGAAUCUGCCUGCCAAGGCAGGGGACACGGGUUCGAGCCCUGGUCCGGGAAGAUCCCACAUGCUGCGGAGCAACUAAGCCCGUGCACCACAACUACUGAGCCUGUGCUCUAGAGCCCGUGAGCCACAGCUACUGAGCUUGCGUGCCACAACUACUGAAGCCUGCCCGCCUAGAGCCCGUGCUCCGCAACAAGAGAAGACACUGCAAUGAGAAGCCCACGGACCGCAACGAAGAGUGGCCCCCGCUCGCUCCAACUAGAGAAAACCCGCGCGCAGCAACAAAGACCCAACGCAGCCAAAAAUAAAAUAAAUUUAUUUAAAAAAAAAAGAAAAAAUAUUUUGUAAUCCUAAAAACACAAGGGUUUACUUAUAUCCGGAAAUCCUUUUGCAUUUCUGAAAGUCAGAUGUUUUACUUAAAGGCUUGAUCAUAUAGAAAGCAUAUGCAGAAUAUUUUAAAGAAAAAGCUUUAAGUGCCUAGAACUUAAAAUUCUUUCAUGAUCCAUUUACAGAAAUACUUUUCAAAAGGCUAGUAAUAUAAUAGUCUAUGGUUUAUAGUAUUAUUUUGAAUUGUUUGUACAUUGUUUCAUAGAAUACAAUAAUAUUUUCCACAAUGACAGAACUAUCUUGACUUCCCUUUAAAACUAUCUGAACUUUAUUAGUUGAGGUUCUGUGCAAGGCAGGUGAUCAACAUAAAUCUCCUAAUUUAUACAGUGGUUUAGAAGACUUUUGCAGGGAUUUCCCUCAUGGUCCAGUGGGUAAGACUCCACGCCCCCAAUGCAGGGCACCCGGGUUUGAUCCCUGCUCAGGGAACUAGAUCCCACAUGCAUGCCACAACUAAGAGUUCACAUGCCGCAACUAAGAAGCCGCAUGCCGCAACUAAGACCUGGUGCAGCCAAAAUAAAAUAAAUAAAUAAUAAAAUAAACAAACAUUUAGAAGACUUUUGCUAUAAUAGGGAGAGAAACCUGUCAAAUAGGCUAAAACCUAGAUAAUUCUACAUAUUCUGAGGAAUCCAUGCCACUGUUGCCCUUGCUUGUAAAUUCGUGGAACGUUUUUAAUUGCCUAUGCCUGUGUUCAAAUUCAAUACUACAUUUACUAGUAUAUUUCUUUCAUUAGUAUGCUAGUCAUCCGAUCUGCAAGAUAAGGUUGGAUGAAUAUACUUAACACUACUGAACUAUACACUGAAAAAGGUUAAGAUGGUAAAUUUUAUUUUAAUGUGUAUUUUACCACAAUUAAAAAUAACUAAUAAAUUCAGUAGGGAAAAAGAUAGGGUUGGAGUUGUAUGUGUAAGUUUGGGGGCAUAUCUCUGCUCUUAAAAAAGAAGGGGUAAAGGCAUUGCUUCUAGAGUGCAUGCCUUCUCUGGAGAAGGGAAGCAUAUAUGCUCUAGGAAAUGAAUAAAAUUCUUUAAAAGAUUAAUAUGGGGAAAAAGUUAUGUUAACUUUAUAUAUUUUAUCUGUUUUAAACCAUAGUUAUCUUUAAAAGGUAAACACACAAGAUAUGCAUUUUUCAGGGCACACAGGCUUCCCUCCUAGGUCUCUUGCAAAUUCUUAAUGCAAAAUUCAAUUGCAGGGAGUCUUCCAAAUUGACUCACAGAAUGCCUGACUGGCCCUUCUCUCUCAGAGAUACAAAGGAUGUAUUCAUAGAAUGUGUCCCUGUUGGCCACCCCUGAUCAACUUACAUCUGGUGUUCUGGUAUAGUUAUUAACAGCACGCUCUUUCACUCUCAACCAUGUCCUGCUUUGCAUGACAAAUUCUUGGUCACCUUCUCUGCAGAGGUUAUGGAAACUGCCUUGGGGAUGUGGUUUCUUCCAUGCCUUAGUCAGAUGACCCCCAAGGGGGUGAUGUAAAUUCCCUGGCUACUGAUACACCCUCAGGGGAAACUUUUCAUGUCUUUUCUGCCUCCAAAAAGUGUUUUACUUGUGCCUUCCUAGACAUGAAGGGGGAAAAUGGGCUUGAGGGCUGUCAAAGGGCUUGAGAAAGAAUUCUGUACUAAAAUUGCUGCUUAUCUUCAUUAAAUAAUAUAAUAAAACCCUUUCUUUACAAUAUUAA